AUGGAGAAAUCAGCGGUUUCCAUCACCACUGAGAAAUAUCAUUCUCGAAGCGAGGAAAAUAUUACUCACGACUACCUAUUUGAUAAUCCAUUUUCUACUCCUCAUGAUCAAAGAUCUAUUAUCUCUUCAGCGCAGCAGUACUCUAUCUUUACAGGUACUACACUCCUACCCAGCACCUCCUACUCUCUUAGUAAAUCAAAAUCACAUUUUGUCUAUCUGCAGGGUUCCUUUGACACUUACACUGUUUUUAUUUUAGAGUCCAAACCUCUUAGGCAGAGAAAAUUCAAAUCCGCCCGACUAAUAGGAGAAUACGACAAGCCAUGGACCGUUAAAAAAGACCCUCGCAUGCUAUGGGAUAAGAUUUUCUUUAUCGGACUCACUGUAGUAGGAUUAGGCAUAGGCGCAUAUAUCAUCUAUUCAGGUUGGGCGAGUGUGGAAAAUCCUCCAUACUGCCUCAUAUUCGAAGACGACUUUCUCAACGGAAUCAACGAAAAUGACUGGAACUACGAAAUCCAGGUGGGCGGAUUCGGUGUUGGUUCAUUCGACUGGACCACCAAUGACCCCGCAAACGCUUAUACAAACGAGAAAGGAUUGCACAUCGUGCCCACGAUCACAAAAGAUGUCACCGAUAUCACUACCGAGCAGUUGUUUAACGGGUACACGUUGAAUCUCACCUCGCAGGGUGUCUGUACCGCGAACGAUGCGGCCGAUUGUGUCCGCGUCAGCAAUAUCACCAAGGCCACUAUGAUCAAUCCUGUCAGAAGUGCGCGAUUGACAACGAAGGGAAAGCACAAUAUUACAUAUGGAAAGGUAGAGGUCAAGGCGAAAUUACCACGGGGUGAUUGGUUAUGGCCCGCAAUCUGGAUGAUGCCGGAGGAGGAUAUGUACGGUGCAUGGCCGCUUAGUGGCGAAAUUGAUAUCAUGGAGUCCAAGGGCAAUGAUGGACGAUUAUAUGAGGGUGGUCGAAAUCUUGUCGGAGGUACUCUUCACUGGGCACCCAACCCGGUUUUGGACGCUUUUUGGCGUACCAAUGGUGUGAAGUAUAUGACGAGGGGGGACUACUCAGACGAUUAUCACACCUUUGGAAUGGAAUGGAGUGACGAGUACAUCUACACCUGGGUGGACAGUCGCCUGGCACAAUCGAUGUACAUCCCUUUUGGCAAGAAGUAUGGCACUAUGUACGAAAGAGGAAAGUUUGCUACCAUGAGUGUGAAUGGAUCUAUUCCUCUUGAUCCUUGGUCGGGGACGAAACGAUAUAAUACUCCUUUCGACCAAGCAUUCUAUCUCAUUCUUAAUGUUGCUGUGGGAUCUACAAACUCAUAUUUUGAAGAUGGAUAUGGCAGCAAACCAUGGAUUGAUGGAUCGGAUACGGCUAUGGCACAGUUCUACAAUGCGUCUUCUGCUUGGGAGUCGACUUGGGGAGAAGGUGAUACUCGAGGUUUGUCGGUCCAGAGUGUGAAGCUGUUUCAACGCGGUCUAUGCACGUCUCCUCCGAAGUAG